AGCGUACGUCACGCAGGUAGCUUAUUUUUUGCUAUCUGUGAACCUGUCAUUUGUCGAAUCAUGUUCAACUUCGUCGCGUUGUGAAAAUAAUUGUGGUGUUAAAAUAGUUUAGAACAUUAAUUGUUAUUAAUUUAUUAAUAGUUUUAUAAUUUCCUAAACAAUGGCUGACACAACUGGACAAGCCGGAGACCAGGGCCCUCCUAAGGGCAUCCCGGCGCUGAAGGCCCAUGUCAUCGCCAACAAGGUGGACGUGGCUCUCUGGGCCAUCCGCAUACUCACCGUGCUGUGCACCUUCGGAUAUGUGCUGCCGCUGUUCUGCAACCCAGUGUCAGCGUUCUACAAAGCCCUUCUCGGUAACGCAGCGGUCUCGGCCCUCCGCCUCCACCAGAGGAUCCCAGCGCGCGAGAUCCGGCCGUCGCGAGAAUUCCUCGCGAGAUUCUUCCUCGAGGACUCGGCACAUUAUCUGCUCUACUCGCUCAUCUUCAUGAACGUGGCGCCUAAUUUGUUGAUCCUGACGCCGAUCUUCUUGUUCGCUCUGCUGCAUGCUGCGUCUUACUCCCUCACCAUCCUCGACACGUUGGGCCAGAACUCCCUAUGGGUGGCCCGCCUCCUCAUAUCGCUGGUGGAGUUCCAGUCACGGAACAUCCUGCGCGCCGCCGCGCUCGCCGAGAUCGUGCUGUUCCCGCUCGUGGUGUUCAUGGCGCUCUUCGGCUACUGCGGCCUCAUGACCCCCUUCGUGUACUACUACUUCGUGACGUGGCGCUACGCGUCCCGCCGGAACCCGUACACGCGCAACACGUUCCGCGAGCUGCGCGUCGUGCUGGAGCGCCAGGCCGCGCGGCCCGGCCUGCCGGCGCCGCUCAAGAACGCCGUCCACAGCGGCGUGCAGCUCGUGUGCCGUCUGGCGCCGCCUAUGGAGGAACAGGCACAGUAG